UAAACUGAAUUGUAUAUUCCAAUAAUCUUAUCGGAUAAGUCUACAUUUUAACUAAAGUAUACAUAUAAAUACAUUUAGUAGAAGACUACAGACAAAACAUAUAAUACUUAAAGUAUACACUGGUUUUGAUGGCAAAAUGUAUUUUUUGUGUUUUGUUAUUUGUAUCUUGUUUGGAAAUGCAGUAUCCAGGGAUUUGAACGAUUGUCCAGAUACCAGUAGAGCAGUAGAAGUUGUUUUCGACAAAGAAGUAUCAACGUUCGUAGUAGGAAGUCAAGUUUGCGUACGUAUUCCAGACGACGGCUUGCUACAGAAUCCUAUAACAUGCAUAUCAGUUACGGACAAUCGACGUAGUGAUAACACACCCGAAGUACAAGCUGGAGGUGUUGGCUACCCUUAUGCUGUAGUAUCGGUUUAUCCAAGAAUGACGGAGCUGCUAAGCUACAGAGUAGUUGCUUUCGUAGAUCCUAGAUAUGACGUUGUUAAAGAAGAUAAAGUGAACGGACUUUCAGAAACAUGUUUAGACAGUACCAAUUUGCAUUCACCUACUAAUAAAUAAACAUUUUGAUAAAAUA